UCUGUCAGCAUAGGGAGGGGAGUGAAUGAAGGAGUGAAGCAUAAAUAUUCAGAGCAUCAGAGGAGUUGCAAAACAUCAGAAAAGUGGAAAAGACAAAAUCGGGCUUUCAUGGAGACACCCAACUUCGUCCGGGACAAAUUAAUUGAGUGGGGCUUCAGUGAAUUCAUAGAGAGAUUUGAAGAUGAAGAAAUUGACCUAGAAAGUCUCCUGUGUCUCGAUGACCAAGAAAUUGCCAAACUGAUUCCAAAAACGGGACCACGGUCAAAAUUCAAAAAGAGACUCAAGGCAUUAAGGGUUUUGCCCUCUACCAGUGACACAACUGAUAACGGUGAAAACACAGAUUCCGGCUCACUUUAUUUUUCUUUGACAGAACUCGACAUAUUGUUUGAUGUGAAAAAUAUCAUGACACGUGUUAACAACAGACUAUGUCAAGAAGACAACACAAGGCUCAAUGCUUUCCUUAAGGCUAAAAUCAGUGAUUUGGAGACAGACAAGAGGGAGCUGGUUGGUGUCUUUGGUAAAAGUGGAGCUGGAAAGAGCUCUUUGAUAAAUGCCAUCAUCAAAGAGAAGAAUCUUUUGCCCUCUGGAAGUGUCCGUGCAUGUACCACGGUCAUGAUCAAGGUGGAGGCUAACAUGCAAAACCAAAAGUAUGAAGCUGACAUUGAGUUUAUUACAAAAGAGGAGUGGAAAGAUGAGUUGUGGACCUUGUUCAAUUUUCAUGGGAAUAAUACGGAUCAGGAGAGGGAGGAAGAUGAAGACUAUGGUGACGUUGCUGAAAAGCUGUCAGCACUAUAUGGAGAUGAAUGGAAAAACAAAUCCCCUGAAAGCCUCAUGGACAACAAAUAUUUCAGGGAAAUUCCUGAAUUUCACCAAGAAAACAUCCAGAGGAGGAAGAUUUUGUCAUGUGGAUCAGCCGAAGAGCUAUCUGCCAAACUUGUCAAAUACACAAGAACCGACUCAAACGAUGGAGCAGGUAAAGAAGUAAAGAGGUGGUACUGGCCACUAGUGAAGUGUGUGACUGUCAAGGUGCCUAAUAAAGAACUUCUUCAGCAUGUCACACUUGUGGAUCUUCCUGGAAAUGGGGACCGCAACAAGAGCAGAGAUAAAAUGUGGAAAGGGGUUGUUGGGAGUUGCUCUGCUGUGUGGAUUGUGACUGACAUUAAUCGAGCAGCAACAGAGAAAGAACCCUGGGAGAUCCUGGAAAGUACCUGUAGCCUCAUGGGAAAUGGUGGCCAGUGUCAGCACAUUCACUUCAUCUGCACAAAGUCUGAUCUUAUAGAAGAUAUGGAUGACCUUUCAGCAGCUGAUGAACAAAUUUGGAAAAGGAACAUGCAAGCCAAGGAAACAGUUAAAGCUGAAUUCCGAAAAAUCCCCCAAAUUAAGAAACACUUCAGUGAUGACUGCUUGACAGUGUUCACAGUGAGCUCCAAAGAGUUUCUAAAACAAAAACGUCUGAGUCCAGAUGACACUGAAAUUCCCAAACUUCAGAAAUUUUUACAAGAUCUCAAUGACUGUCACUCACAGACAUUAAACUAUGUGUCUGGAGCUUAUGGGAUUCUCUCUCUGAUUCAAGGAGCCAGGUGUAGAGAAGUGGCUUGCCAAAAAGAACAGGUGUGCAAAGACAUUGAAGAAAAGUUGAGGCAGGAACUUGAUAAAGUCAGAAAACCCAUGGAAGAGGCCUGUAAGGUCUUUGAAAGAUGCCUUUGUGAGGGGGUUGAAAAUUCAAAAAGUUCAUAUGGAAAACACUUGAAGAGCGUCUUAAAUCCACCUAGGGUAUCAGGUCGUGGUUUUCACAGAAAACUGAAGUGUGUUGUUGAGAACAAUGGCAUCCACAAACCAACAAAGGGGAAAGAAAUAAACCUCAAUGUGAAGUUAGCAUCAAGCCUGACUGACAGCAUCGAUGAGGAAUUCAGGAAGACUUUCCCAAAUGAUGGAAAUUGUGGACCAUUCAACGGAGUCAUCAAUACAUUUUCACUUGACACAAAGAUGCUGAUUGACAAGUACAAAGAUGUGGAACUGCAGCUGAUAUUUCUCAAGACAGAGGAGGAAAAAAUUAAGACAAAACUCCACAAAAUCAUCCGGGAGCGUAAGAAAAAAAUCUACAGCAGUCUGACAGAGACAAUCAAGGAAACCAUGCUAGAAUGCUAUCAAAAAGCAGCAACAUUUAGUGGAAAUGACACGCUGAAAAACAUGAGGGACAUUAUUGAGAGACAUGUCGAGCAUUCGAAGAACACCAUGUUUGCACAAACUAAAGAUGUCAUGUUGGCCCAGAUGACGAAACUGAAAGAGCACAUCUUGAAGACUCUGCAGGAAACUAUGCAGAAAUCAAUCGACCUGUCAAUGAAGACAGAUGAUUUCUCAAUCCCAGAUUUUGCAAAAGAGCUUGAGAUGUUGAAGCUAUACCACAUUGAAUUAAUGGGAAGUCCAAAUGAAGAGACAUCACUAAUUAGGUUCCAGACAACAGACCUGAUCACACACUGA